CUCAGGGCUUCCCCUGCCUAAAUACCCUGAACCAGCUCUUCUGGAAGCAUCUCUGGAGCUCAGGACAGACAAGUGAUGAGGUCCAGUUAGAAUGGACAACAUGAGUGACAUGGAUUGCUCAUCUCAGAAGAUCCACAGAAGUGACUCGAUACAUCACAUGAGCCACUCUCAGAUGCGGCCAGAGUUGCCUCCUCUUCCUGCUUCUGCUAAUGAGGAACCAUCUGAACUCUAUCAGACAGUCAUGUCGCACAGCUUUUACCCACCCUUGAUGCAACGCACAUCAUGGACCCUGGCUGCACCCUUCAAAGAGCAGCACCACCACUGUGGACCCAGCAACUCCAUUGCCAACAACUACUCCUUGAUGGCCCGGGACCUGAAGCUGAAGGACCUGCUGAAGGUCUACCAGCCUGUCACCAUCCAUGUCCCCAGGGAGAAGAUUGUUCAGGGGCUGCCAUUAGGUAUUUCUGGCUCAAAUAAAAGCUCAUCAAAGCCUAACAAGAAGAAAAUGAAGUUCUCCCCCAAAGACAAAGAGGAUCUCACUGGGACGAGGUUGGCCUGCAACACCUCAGCCUCCUUACCUAUGAGGACAGAGGUGGUGACAUCUUUGACUCUCCCAGGAAGCAGACCAAUGAGUCCAGAAGAACAGAUUGAUGUGAUGUUACAGCAGGAGAUGGAAAUAGAAAGUCAAGAAACCAAACCAACUGAAUCAGACUUGGAGAGAUACUAUUACUAUUUGACCAAUGGAGUCCAAAAAGACAUGAUUGCCCCUGAGGAGGAUGAAGUGAUGGUUCGGAUUUCAAAGCUGAUUUCUAACACACUGCUGACAAGUCCCUUCCUGGAACCCCUGAUGACUGUCCUUGUGGAGGAGAAGGAAAAUGACUAUUACAGUAGCCUCAUGAAAAGCAUUGUUGAUUACAUCCUCAUGGAUCCAAUGGAAAGGAAAAGACUCUUCAUCAAGAGCAUCCCCCGAGCAUUUCCUCAAAGAGUGAUCUGGGCCCCUGUGCCCUGGCACAGUGUCUACAGGAAUGCCAAGAAGUGGAACAAGGACCAUCUGCACACAGUAAACCCCAUGAUGCUCAGCCUGAAACAGCUGUGGUUUACAGAAUUUAAAGACCUCAGAUUUGUUCGAACAGCAGAAUUACUGGCAGGAAAAUUACCUCUGCAGCCUCACGAAUAUCAGGAUGUCAUCCAGAAACACUGCAUGGAAGCACGCCAAAUUCUUCUCAACAAAUGGAUCCCCACCUGUGCCCAGCUUUUCAUCUCCCAGAAGGAGCAGUGGAUCCUUUUUGCUCCCAAGAGUGACUAUGACUCCUCUCGUCGCAUUGAGGAAUAUUUUGCUUCUGUUGCAUCCUUCAUGUCACUCCAGCUCAGGGAGUUGGUUAUUAAGUCUCUGAAGGACCUCGUUUCCUUUUUCUUGAUACACAAGGAUGGGAAUGAUUUCGAGGAACCCUACCAAGAGAUGGAGUUCUUUAUACCUCAGCUGAUCAUGAUCAAGCUUGAAGUCAAUGAGCCCAUUAUUGUCUUUAAUCCAUCUUUUGAUGACUGCUGGGAAUUAAUACACAACUCUUUCUUGGAAAUUAUUAAGAACUCUAGGGGGAUUCCCAAGGUGGAAUCUAUCCUGUUCCCAGAGUUGAAAGGAUAUAAUCUGAUUCUUGGAACUAUUAAUGCUGAUGAAAAACUGGUUUCUGACUUUGUGGAUCAAACUUUCGAGGUAUUUCAGAAAAAUCAAGUUGGCCCCUACAAAUACUUAAAUGUAUACAAGAAGUAUGAUGACUUAUUGGAUAACACGGCAGAGCAAAACAUCACUGCAUUCCUGAAAGAAAAUCAUGAAACUAAGGAUUUUGUGAUGAGGAUCAAUAGCCUAAAAAAGCGGAGAAAUGAAAUUGCAUCCAUGCACAUUACCGUGCCUUUGGCCAUGUUCUGCCUUGACACCAUGACCCUAAAUUAUGAUAUCUGUGAGUGAGCCCAAAAUCUUAAAGACCGUCUGAUUCAAUUCCAAGUGGAUGUAAACCGCACCAACACCAGCAUCUGUAAUCAGUACAGCAUCAUUGCAGACAAAGUCAGUGAGAUUCCUGUCAACACUGGGGAGCUAGUAUUCCUCAUAGAAUUCUUAAAGAAAUCCAGCGAUGUCACCGUGUUCAAACUCAGGAGGCAACUUAGAGAUGCAGCUGAACGUCUAGAGUUCCUGGUGGACUAUGCAGACUUGCCCCAAGAGGAUAUCAAACUGAACAGUACUCUGUUCCUCUGGCCAGACCAGAUUGAAGAUAUCUUUGAAAACAGCCGAAACCUUCUCCUUAGCAAGAGGGAUCAGGCAGAUAUGGACCUCAUUAAAAGAUGCUCAGAAGUUGAGGCAAAACUUGAGGGCUACAAUAAGGAACUGGAAGGUUUUAGGAAACGUGAAGUGAUGACUACAGAAGGAAUGAAGAGCAAUGUUGAAAAGCUUAAUAAGCUUUCAAAGAAUCUAGAUCAAGCACUGGUGGAAUUUGAGUUGAUCAAUAAGGAGGAGGAGCUGUUGGAAAAGGAGGAGAGUACCUUCCCUCUUCUACAAAGUGUGAUGACCAACAAAGUGCCUUACGAGCAGCUGUGCGUGACAGCCUACGAGUUUAGCAUCAAGUCGGAGGAAUGGAUGAAUGGACCCCUCUUUUUACUGAAUGCUGAGGAAAUCGCAGAGAAAAUAGGGAAUAUGUGGAGGACUAUAUACAAAUUGACCAAGACCUUAGGUGACGUGCCUGCAUCCAGGCGCUUAGCAGAGAAUGUGAAAAUAAAGAUUGAUAAAUUCAAGCAGCACAUCCCUAUCCUCAGCAUUUCCUGCAACCCAGGAGUGAAAGACCGGCACUGGCAGCAGAUUAGUGAGAUUGUCGGCUAUGAAAUAAAGCCCACUGGAACGACUUGCCUCUCAAAUAUGCUGGAAUUUGGAUUUGGCAAAUUCAUUGAAAAACUGGAACCCAUUGGUGCAGCUGCCAGUAAGGAAUACUCUCUGGAGAAAAACUUGGAGAAAAUGAAGUUAGACUGGGUUAACAUGAUGUUCAACUUCGUGAAGUACAGGGACACCGAUACAAGCAUCUUGUGUGCAGCUGAUGACAUUCAACUGCUACUUGAUGAUCACGUGAUAAAGACCCAGACCAUGUGUGGCUCUCCAUUUGUCAAACCAAUAGAAACAGAAUGCCGGAACUGGGAAGAAAAGCUAGUUCGCGUGCAGGAAGUUUUGGAUGCCUGGUUAAAAUGCCAAGCCACCUAGCUAUACCUGGAACCAAUCUUCAGUUCAGAGGACAUCACAGCCCAGAUGCCAGAAGAGGGCAGGAAAUUUGCCAUCAUUGAUAGCUACUGGAAAUCACUCAUGUCCCAAGCUGUAAAAGAUACCAGGGUUCUGAUGGCAGCAGACCAACCACGGAUGGCUGAGAGGCUUCCAGAAGCCAACCUUCUGUUGGAGGACAUCCAGAAGGGGCUGAAUGAUUACUUGGAGAAGAAGAGACUAUUCUUCCCCAGGUUCUUCUUCCUAUCAAAUGACUUGGAGAUCUUGUCAGAGACAAAGGACCCCCUCCGAGUUCAAGCACACUUGAAGAAGUGCUUUGAAGGAAUUGCCAAGCUGGAGUUUACAGACAGUCUGGAGAUUGUGGGCAUGAUCAGCUCAGAAAAAGAAAUCGUUCCAUUCAAACAGAAAAUCUCCCCAGCUCAAGCCAAAGGCAUGGUGGAAAGAUGGCUCCAGCAGGUGGAACAGAUGAUGCUUGCCAGUAUGCGGGAAGUUAUUAGACUUGGGAUUGAAGCAUAUGUCCAGGUCCCUCGUAAUCACUGGGUCUUGCAGUGGCCUGGCCAGGUGGUUCUCUGUGUCUCCUCCAUCUUUUGGACCCAGGAGGUUUCCCAAGCCCUCGUUGAAAAGACCCUACCGGAUUUUCUGAAAAAGAGCAAUGAUCAGAUUGCACAGAUUGUCCAGCUGGUGCGAGGAAAGCUGAGCAGUGGGGCUCGACUCACCCUUGGAGCCCUCACGGUCAUUGAUGUCCAUGCUCGUGAUGUGGUCGCCAAGUUAUCUGAAGACAGUGUCUGUGAUCUGAAUGAUUUCCAGUGGAUCUCCCAACUGCGCUACUACUGGGAUGCCAAGGAUGUACAGGUGCAGAUGGUCACUACAGAAGCCUUAUACGGCUAUGAGUACCUGGGAAACUCCCCCCGGCUGGUGAUUACACCCCUCACUGACCGCUGCUACAGGACACUGAUGGGGGCUUUGAAGCUGAACCUUGGGGGAGCCCCAGAGGGUCCAGCUGGGACAGGCAAGACAGAAACCACCAAAGAUCUAGCCAGAGCUUUGGCCAAGCAGUGUGUGGUCUUCAACUGCUCAGAUGGUCUAGAUUACAAAGCCAUGGGGAAGUUCUUCAAAGGGCUGGCCCAGGCUGGAGCAUGGGCCUGCUUUGAUGAGUUCAACAGGAUUGAGGUAGAAGUGCUGUCUGUGGUAGCUCAGCAGAUUCUCAGCAUUCAACAAGCCAUUAUCUGGAAGCUAAAGAUGUUCAUCUUUGAAGGCACUGAGCUCUCUCUGAACCCAACCUGUGCUGUCUUCAUCACCAUGAACCCUGGGUAUGCUGGCAGGGCUGAGCUGCCAGAUAACCUCAAGGCCUUGUUGCGGACAGUGGCCAUGAUGGUGCCAGAUUAUGCCCUCAUUGGAGAAAUCUCCCUCUACUCUAUGGGGUUUCUAGACUCCAGAAGAUAUACAUGUCUUUGCCCUCCCAGUCUUGCCCAGAAGAUUGUUGCAACCUACCGCCUGUGUUCAGAGCAACUUUCCUCCCAGCAUCACUAUGGCUAUGGCAUGCGUGCUGUCAAGUCUGUGCUCACUACCGCUGGCAACCUGAAGCUGAAGUAUCCAGAGGAGAAUGAGAGUGUCCUGCUGCUCCGGGCCUUGCUUGAUGUCAACCUGGCCAAGUUCUUGGCUCAAGAUGUCCCUCUAUUUCAGGGAAUUAUAUCAGAUUUGUUUCCUGGAAUUGUUCUUCCAAAGCCAGACUAUGAAGUUUUUAUGGAAGUGCUGAAUGAGAACAUCAAAAAGAUGAAACUCCAGCCAGUACCUUGGUUUAUUGGAAAAAUUAUCCAGAUCUACGAGAUGAUUCUGGUAGGACAUGGCUAUAUGAUUGUUGGAGACCCCAUGGGUGGCAAGACCUGUGCUUAUACAGUGUUGGCUGCAGCUCUGGGUGAUUUACACGAAGCCAACCAGAUGGAGGAAUUUGCUGUGGAGUAUAAGAUCAUUAACCCCAAGGCUAUCACCAUGGGGCAGCUGUAUGGGUGCUUUGACCAAGUGAGCCAUGAGUGGACAGAUGGUGUCCUUGCCAAUGCUUUUCGGGAGCAAGCAUCUACUUCGUCUGAUGACCGCAAGUGGAUUAUAUUUGAUGGGCCAGUGGAUGCUGUUUGGAUUGAAAAUAUGAACACUGUUCUGGAUGACAAUAAAAAGCUUUUCCUGAGAUUCCUUUUCUUGCUUUUAGAUGAAAUCAGGGAAAUAGAAGAGAAAGAAAGUGAAUUAUUUGAAAGCCUGACAAGCCAACAGAUCUUCCUCUGGCUGCAAGGUCUGUUCCUUUUUGCCUUGGUGUGGACCGGGGCCGGCACCAUCAACGCAGACAGCAGAAAGAAAGUUGAUCUGUUUUUCCGCAACCUCAUCAUGGGUAUGGAUAAUAACAACCCAAGACCCAAAAGCGUCAAACUCACCAAAAACAACAUCUUUCCAGAAAGAGGAAGCAUCUAUGAUUUUUAUUUCCUCAAGCGUGGUGGACAUUGGUACACAUGGACAGAGUAUAUCACUAAAGAGGAGGAAAAUAUCCCAGCAGAUGCAAAGGUCUCAGAACUCAUCAUCCCCACAGUGGAAACAGCCCGGCAGUCCUUCUUGAAAACCUACCUGGACCAUGAGAUUCCAAUGCUGUUUGUAGGACCCACGGGCACUGGCAAAUCAGUCAUCACCAACAACUUCCUUUUCCGCCUUCCCCAAAAUACUUAUCUGCCCAACUGCAUCAAUUUCUCUGCCAGAACUUCAGCCAGUCAGACCCAGGAUAUCAUCAUGUCCAAGCUGGAUCGACGGCGGAAGGGCCUUUUUGGGCCUCCCAUAGGGAAGAAAGCAGUGGUAUUUGUGGCUGACCUCAACAUGCCAGCCAAAGAGGUGUAUGGGGCCCAGCCCCGCACUGAGCUCCUGAGGCAAUGGAUUGACCACGGUUACUGGUUUGACAAGAAGGACACAAACAAGCUGGACAUCAUUGAUGUGCUGCUUGUGACAGCCAUGGGCCCCCCUGGUGGAGGAAGAAAUGACAUUACUGGACGAUUCACUCGCCAUCUGAAUAUCAUUUCCAUCAAUGCCUUUGAGGAUGACAUUUUAACCAAGAUUUUCAAUUCAAUCGCUGACUGGCACUUUGGAAAAGGGUUUGAUGUGAUGUUCUUAAGGUAUGGAAAGUUGCUGGUACAAGCUACGAUGACAAUUUAUAAAGCUGCAGUGGAGAAUUUCUUGCCAACUCCCUCCAAGUCACACUAUGUCUUUAACCUGCGGGACUUCUCACGGGUGAUCCAAGGGGUAUUGCUCUGCCCUCAUACCCACCUACAGGAUGUAGAAAAAUUUAUCCGGCUUUGGAUCCAUGAGGUUUACCGGGUCUUCUAUGACCGUCUGAUUGAUCAUGAGGACAGACAGGUCUUUUUCAACACGGUGAGGGAAACCACCUCCAAUUGCUUCAAACAGUCUGUGGAAAAGGUCCUCAUCCACCUGUCACCCGCUGGAAAGAUAGUUGAUGGUAAUAUCCGUAGCCUCUUCUUUGGAGAUUUCUUCAAGCCAGAAAGUGACCAAAAAAUCUAUGUUGAGAUCACUGACUUAAAACAACUCAAAGUGGUCAUGGAGUAUUACCUGGAAGAGUUCAACAACAUCAGCAAGGCCCCCAUGUCCUUGGUCAUGUUCAGGUUCGCCAUGGAGCACAUCUCCAGGAUAUGCAGGGUCCUGAAGCAGGACAAAGGCCACUUGCUCCUGGUGGGCAUUGGGGGCAGUGGGUGGCAAAGUGCCAGCAAACUGUCCACAUUCAUGAACUCACAUGAGCUGUACCAGAUCGAGAUCACCAAGAGCUACUCAGGCAAUGACUGGCGAGAGGACCUGAGGAAGAUCAUGCUGCAGGUCGGUGUGGCCUCCAAGAGUACUGUGUUCCUCCUCACCGAUAACCAGAUCAAGGACGAGUCAUUCAUUGAGGACAUCAACGUGCUUCUGAACACGGAAGACGUGCCCAACAUCUUCCCCGCUGACGAGAAGGCUGACCUUGUGGAGAAGAUGCAAAUGGCAGCAAGGACAGAAAGCGAGAAGAUCGAAGCCACUCCUCUUUCUAUGUGUAACUUCUUUAUCGAGAGAGUGAAAAACAACCUUCACAUUGUCCUUGCCAUGAGUCCAAUUGGGGACGCCUUCCGGAACUGCCUGCGGAUGUUCCCUUCCCUGAUCAAUUGCUGCAAAAUUGACUGGUUCCAGUCUUGGCCCACAGAUGCCCUGGAAUUGGUAGCCAACACAUUUCUAGAAGAUGUGGAGCUCGAUGACAAUAUUCGGAGAGAGGUCAUCUCCAUGUGCAAAUAUUUCCAGGAGAGUGCAAAAAAGCUGUCGCUUGAUUAUUACGACACACUUCGCAGACACAACUAUGUUACCCCCACCUCCUACCUCGAAUUGAUCCUAACCUUCAAGACGCUCCUGAAUAGGAAGAGGCAAGAGGUGGAUAUGAUGAGGAACUGCUACUGGACAGGCCUGCAGAAACUUGAAUUUGCCACUUCACAGGUGGCCGUCAUGCAAGUAGAACUGACUGCCCUCCAACCCCAACUCAUUCAGACCUCUGAGGAGACCGCUAAGAUGAUGGUGAAAAUUGAAGGGGAGACGCGAGAAGCCGAUGCCAAGAAACUUCUGGUGCAAGCCGAUGAAGAAGAAGCCAAUACUGCUGCCGCCAUUGCUCAAGGAAUCAAGAACAAAUGUGAAGGGGAUGUGGCAGAGGCGAUGCCGGCCCUGGAGGCUGCACUCGCUGCACUGGACACCCUGAACCCAGCAGACAUCUCACUGGUGAAGUCGAUGCAGAUCCCACCAGGUCCUGUCAAGCUGGUCAUGGAGAGCAUCUGUGUGUUGAAGGGGCUGAGACCAGAGAGGAAGCCAGACUCCAGUGGCAGCGGUAAAAUGAUAGAAGAUUACUAUGGGGUAUCAAGAAAGAUUCUCGGAGAUCUGAAAUUCUUGGAGAAUCUUAAGACAUAUGACAAAGACACCAUCCCACCAAUGAUCAUGAAGUGGAUCCGGGAAAGGUUUAUUGAUCACCCAGAUUUCCAGCCGGCUGUUAUUAAAAAUGUGUCAUCUGCAUGUGAGGGUCUGUGCAAGUGGGUGAGGGCCAUGGAGGUGUAUGAUUGUGUGGCCAAAGUGGUAGCUCCUAAACGGGAGCGGCUGAAGGAGGCUGAGGGGAAGCUGGACACACAGAUGCAAAAACUGAACCAGAAGCGAGCAGAGCUGAAGCUGGUGGAAGGCCGCCUCCAGGCCCUGAACGAUGACUUUGAAGAGAUGAAUACCAAGAAAAAGAUGUUGGAGGAAAACAUUGAAAUCUGUUCCCAAAAGUUGAUCAGAGCAGAAAAACUGAUCAGUGGUCUUGGGGGAGAGAAGGACAGAUGGACAGAAGCUGCCCGGCAGCUGGGUGUCCGCUAUACUAAUCUGACAGGGGAUGUGUUGUUGUCCUCUGGGACUGUGGCUUACCUGGGGGCCUUUACCGUGGAUUAUCAGGCUGAGUGCCAAAAGUGGUGGUUGGCCCAAUGUAAGGACAAGGUCAUCCCCAGCUCCGGUGACUUUAGUCUUAGCAACACAUUAGGAGACCCUGUAAAAAUUCGUGCCUGGCAGAUUGCUGGGCUGCCCACUGACUCCUUCUCCAUUGACAAUGGCAUCAUUGUAUCCAAUUCCAGGUGCUGGGCCUUAAUGAUUGACCCUCAGGGGCAGGCCAAUAAGUAGAUCAAGAAUAUGGAGAAAGCAAAUAGGCUGUCAGUCAUCAAGUUCUCAGAUACCAACUAUGUGAGGAUGCUGGAACACGCUCUGCAGUUUGGUUCCCCGGUCUUACUAGAAAAUGUUGGGGAAGAGCUGGAUGCCUUUAUUGAACCCAUCUUGCUCAAGUCCACAUUCAGACAGCAAGGGGUUGAGUACAUGAGGCUUGGUGAAAACAUCAUUGAAUAGUCCAGGGACUUUAAGUUAUACAUCACAACCCGUUUGAGGAAUCCACAUUAUCUCCCUGAAGUCGCCGUGAAAGUCUGUCUCCUCAACUUUAUGAUCACCCCCUUGGGCCUCCAAGAUCAACUGCUUGGCAUCGUGGCCUCCAAGGAGAAGCCAGAACUGGAAGAGAAAAAGAACAAGUUGAUUGUGGAAAGUGCCAAGAACAAGAAGCAGCUAAAGGAAAUUGAAGAUAAGAUCUUGGAGGUCCUUUCCCUUUCUAAGGGCAACAUCCUUGAGGACGAGACUGCCAUCAAAAUUUUGUCCUCCUCCAAACUGCUUUCCCAAGAAAUCUCUGAGAAACAGGAAAUUGCUUCAAUGACAGAAAUGCAGAUCGAUGAGACUCGGAUGGGCUACCAGCCAGUGGCUGUCCGCUCUGCCACCAUCUUCUUUUGUAUCUCUGACCUGGUCCACAUUGAACCCAUGUACCAGUACUCCCUGACAUGGUUCAUAAACCUCUACGUGCACUCCCUGGCCCAUAGCAGGAGGAGCAAGGAACUAGAGCUACGAAUUGAGUACAUCAUUGAACAUUUCACUCUAAGCAUCUACAACAAUGUCUGCCGCUCUCUGUUUGAGAAGGACAAGCUGCUUUCCUCCCUCCUCUUGACGAUAGGCAUCAUGAAAGAGAAAAAGCAAAUUAACGAGGAAAUUUGGUACUUUCUUCUAACUGGAGGCGUUGCCCUGGACAACCCCUUCCCCAACCCAGUUUCCGAAUGGCUGUCUGAGAAGGCGUGGGCAGAAGUGGUUCGUGCAUCCGCGUUGCCAAAACUGAAAGGCCUCAGGGAACAUUUGGAACAAAAUGCUAAUGAAUGGAAGCUCAUCUAUGACUCAGCCUGGCCCCAUGAGGAGAUGUUCCCUGGAUCUUGGAAAUUUCUUCAAGGUUUGGAGAGGAUGGUGAUUCUCUGAUGUCUGCGGCCUGACAAAAUGAUUCCAGCCAUUUGGAAGUUCAUUGCUGAACACAUGGGAAACGUAUACACUGAAGCCCCUACGUUUGAUCUCCAGAGGUCCUACAGUGAUUCCAGCUGCUGCACACCAUUGAUAUUCGUGUUGUCUCCGGGUGCAGACCCAAUGGCAGGCCUGCUGAAAUUUGCUGAUGAUCUUGGCAUGGGAGGUGCCAAAACACAGACCAUCUCCCUUGGCCAAGGCCAAGGCCCUAUUGCUGCCAAAAUGAUUAACACUGCUAUCAAAGAUGGGACCUGGGUGGUCUUACAGAACUGUCAUCUGGCCACGAGCUGGAUGCCUGUGCUGGAGAAGAUCUAUGAGGAGGUGAUUGUUCCUGAGAGCACCAAUAUGGGAUUCAGACUCUGGUUAACCAGCUAUCCAUCAGAGAAGUUUCCAGUCAGCAUCCUCCAGAAUGGGAUUAAAAUGACCAAUGAGCCCCCCAAAGGGCUCCGGGCCAACCUUUUGCGCUCUUACCUCAAUGACCCCAUCUCAGACCCCGUGUUCUUCCAAAGCUGUACAAAAGCAGUGAUGUGGCAAAAGCUGUUGUUUAGCCUUUGCUUCUUCCAUGCCGUCGUUCAAAAGAGGAGAAAUUUUGGACCCCUAGGUUGGAAUAUUCCUUAUGAAUUCAACGAAUCCGACCUGAGGAUUAGUAUGCGGCAGACCCAGAUGUUUCUGAAUGACUACAAGGAGGUGCCGUUGGAUGCUCUGACCUACCUGACAGGGGAAUGUAAUUAUGGAGGCAGAGUGACAGAUGACAAAGACAGAAGGCUCCUGCUAUCCCUUCUGCCCACGUUCUACUGUAAGGAUAUUGAGCAGGACCAUUACUGUCUUGCUCCUGGAGACACUUACUACAUCCCUUCUCAUGGCUCCUACCAGUCCUAUAUUGAAUAUCUCAGGAACCUCUCUAUCACAGCCCACCCAGACGUGUUUGGCCUGCACGAGAAUGCCGAUAUCACCAAAGACAACCAGGAAACCAACCAGCUGUUUCAAGGGGUGCUGCUGACCCUCCCUAGGCAGUCAGGAGGGAGUGGCAAGUCCCCUCAGGAAGUGGUUGAGGAGCUGGCCCAGGACCUACUCUCCAAGCUUCCCAAUGACUUUGACUUGGAGUUGGUCGUGAAGUUGUACCCUGUGGUCUAUGAUGAAUCUAUGAACACUGUCCUAAGGCAAGAGCUCAUCAGAUUCAACAGAUUGACCAAAGUGGUUCGCAUAAGCCUCAUCGACGUUGGCCGAGCAAUUAAAGGGCAGGUUUUGAUGUUCUCGGAGCUGGAGGAUGUCUUCAGUAGCAUGCUUGUGGGUAAAGUGCCAGCCAUGUGGAUGGCCAAGUCCUACCCAUCACUGAAGCCCCUGGGAGGCUACGUGGCUGACCUGCUAGCCCGCUUGGCCUUCUUCCAGGAAUGGAUUGACAACGGGCCUCCUGUGGUCUUUUGGAUCUCUGGAUUCUACUUUACACAGUCUUUUUUGACAGGUGUCUCUCAGAAUUAUGCUCGGAAAUACGCCAUCCCCAUUGACCACAUCGGAUUUGAGUUUGAGGUAACCACACAAGAAACAGUCAUGGAGAAUAACCCAGAAGAUGGGGCCUACAUAAAAGGACUCUUCUUAGAAGGUGCCCGUUGGGAUAGGGAAAGGAUGCAGAUCGGGGAGUCUCUCCCCAGAAUCCUCUAUGACCCAUUGCCCAUUAUUUGGCUGAAACCUGGGGAAAAUGCAAUGUUUCUGCAUCAGAACAUUUAUGUGUGCCCAGUCUAUAAAACAAGUGCCCGAAGAGGUAUCCUCUCCACCACAGGCCACUCCACAAACUAUGUCCUAUCCAUUGAACUCCCAACCGACAGGCCCCAGAAGCACUGGAUAAACCGAGGAAUAGCCUCACUGUGCCAGCUAGAUAACUGA